AUGGCGGUGCCGGAGGUGCUGCGGCAGCUGAGCCGCCGAGCCUGGGAGCCCACGCUGGCCCGGGCGCACCGCGCCGCCGUCCUCAUGGACGCGCCCUCCGCCGAGGCGCUGCACUGGGCCGGAGGGGCGGGCGAGCUGCUGGCGGCCGGGGCGCUGGCGGUCAGCGCGCUGUCCGCCGAGGUGGUGGUGCCGGCGGGGGCGGCCUGCGUCGUGUUCGUGGUGAGCGGCGCGCUGCGGGGCGGCGCGGCGGCCGCGGUGCGCGGCGUGCUGGAGCAGGGCGCCGUGCGGCACUGCGUGCUCGUGUGCGGCGACGAGCCGGAGGGCGGCGGGGCGGCCGAGCUGGAGGAGACCUUGCGGCGGUGGAUGGACGAGGGCGGGUGCGCCGAGGUGGUGCUGCGGGGCCCGCCGCUCCUGGCGCCCGUCUCGGCGGAGCUCUGCCUGCUGCCUGCCCUGGCAGCGCUCCUUCCUCCGCUGACCGGCCCCGGCGGCCCCGGCCCCGCCGAGGGCGGGCUGAGUGCGCUGCCCGCCGAGCUCAGGGCGGCGGUGCGGGCCCUGGUGGGUGACCUCGACUCUCUCUUCACCGCCCUGGGCCUGCGGGAGGAGAGCUUCGCUGUGGGGGCCCUUAGCAGGGUCGUCGCUGCUGAGCUGGCAAGCUACGCUCCAGCCAAAAACAGGAGGAGGACAGCCACCAACAAGGCCUCUGUCAUCUUCGUGGACAGGACGUUGGACCUCGCUGGAGCAGUUGGUCAUCAUGGUGACAAUCUUGCAGAGAAGAUUCUUUCUGUGCUUCCUAAACUUCCUGGCCACAAGACCGAUGUGAUGGUUAACAUGGUGGAACUUACAGCACUACAGACUGCAGAUGAAACUUGCAGUAUUAUAGCACCUGGCUGCUUAGCACAACCAAAUGAUCCAGCUGCCAGAGCUCUCUGGGAGUCCUUCAUGAACCUCAAACAAAAGGAAGCUGUGAUGGAGGCCAGGAGACACCUUGUGGAGGCUGCAAGCAGAGAAAAUUUGCCUAUUAGGAUGAGCAUGGGCAGAGUCACCCCAGAACAGCUUAGCUCAUACAUUCAGCUUUUCAGAAACAAUCUUAAAGCUUUGGAGAACCACUGUGGUCUUCUACAGCUUGUGCUGGCCACGGUCCAGACUUUGAAACACCCCCAGACUUCCAAAUGGGACAAUUUCCUUGCCUUUGAGAGAUUACUUCUACAGACUAUUGGUGAGUCAGAAAUGCCUAGUGUUUUGAGCCAGUUAUUGCCAAUGAUCAAGUCUUACAACAAAAGGACAAAAGAUGAUUAUGCCUGUGAGGACUUCCUUGUUUUGCUGAUAUACAUAUAUUCUGUGGUUGGAGAAAUCAAAUGUGGAAAAGAGCUGGACACAGCUGAAGAAGAGGUGAAAAAAGCCCUUGUCAAGGCAAUUUGUGAUGAGCCAGAGCCAUCCCCUUUGUUGCAGAAAAUUACAGGCUGUGACUCGUCACUGAACCUGACACCUCAGAAAGCCACAGAUGCAGUGGACGGUAUCUUUCGGUCCCUCAGGGAUAUUGCCAGAGUCCGAAUGCACAUGAAACAGUUUAAUUCCAUACAUAAUCCAGGGAGCAACACCCACCAGGCUUCUUACAAACCUCUGCUGAAACAGGUGGUGGAAGAGAUCUGUAAUCCUGAUCGGCCUGAUCCUGUUGAUAUUGAGCAUAUUUCAUCAGGUCUCACUGAUCUCCUUAAAACUGGAUUCAGCAUGUUCAUGAAGGUGAAUCGCCCUCACCCUGGUGAUCACCCUCUUCUGAUCAUCUUCAUGGUUGGAGGAGUGUCAGUCUCUGAGGUGAAAAUGGUGAAGGAUUUGGUAGCAACACGCAAACCUGGUACCCAGGUAGUUGUGCUCUCCUCUGUACUCCUGACACCACACAGUGCUGUUGAGUUGUUGUUUGCCCCAGACCGUCUCCAGCCUGAUGCUCAUAUCUGA